AUGCAGGUCAAAUUUGUUAACAGACUUAUUAAUUUCCAAAGGCGCCCCCUUAACUAAACUAGAAAUAAUCUUAAACGAAUAAGUUUAACAUCUCUCAAAUCCUUUAAAUAGAUAAUUUCAUAUAUUGAUUCAUAUAUAGGAUUUAAUGCUUCUGCUACUAACUACCUAAGAUAAUUAAUUUUUUAAAUUAAUUAAUUUAAAAUGUUUGACCUUAGUGAUUUAAAAAAAACGGUAAAUAUAAUUAAAAGAGCACACUAACUUUUAAAUUAUAUAAAAAAUAAAACGCUUGAAAUUUUAUUUGAGAAUAAUAACAAAAUAUGUGAUUUGGGAGCUGGUUUGAAAUUGUUUGAUUUACAUGAUAAAUGA